AUGUAUAUCGUCAAACAACAACUUACCAUGGAAUUUAAUGCACAUGUGGAAAGAUUAACUGCAAAUCUUACAACAAGAGAUGCCACAUUUGUUGUUGAGAGACAAAAAAUUCUGAUAAUAGUAAAUACUGUAAUUGAAACUGUUAAUAAAAUCACCACCAAUUAUAAAUUUCUUCAUAACCAAUCUUCUAGUUCUUCUCUGGGUUCUUCUAGUAGCUCAAGCCAAUUAUCUUUUUCUGAUAUUAUUUCAACAACCAGAAAUCACUUUAAAAUUCUUUUUGAUAAGAUUAUGACAGACAAUAAUUAUUCUUUAGAUGAUAUGUGUAAUAUGGUAUCUGUUAAGAUUUGUAGUCUUGGGAUAGAAAAGAUUAGUAAAGAAACUAUAAAAAACUUUCAUUAUAAUAAUGAUAAUUUUAAAGGCAGUACUUUAAAUAAAAUAGGUGCUUGGAUAGAUAGUAAAAAUAAUUUUAACUUAGCUAAUAAUUCAGAGUAG